AUGAGGAGGGAGAACCAGAGCAGUGUAUCUGAAUUCCUCCUUCUCGGCCUCCCCGUCCCACCAGAGCAGAAGAGUGUGUUCUUUGCCCUGUUCCUGGGCAUGUACCUGACCACCAUGCUGGGGAACCUGCUCAUCAUCCUGCUCAUCAGGCUGGACCCUCGCCUCCACACCCCCAUGUACUUCUUCCUCAGCCACUUGGCCCUCACUGACAUCUCCUUUUCCUCUGUAACUGUCCCUAAGAUGCUUAUGAACAUGCAGACUCAGGAUCAAUCCAUUCCCUAUGCAGGGUGUGUAACACAAACAUACUUCUUCUUAAUUUUUACUGGUCUGGAUGAUUUCCUUCUCACCUCAAUGGCCUAUGAUAGAUACGUGGCAAUCUGUCACCCUCUCCGCUAUACCAGUAUUAUGAGAGGGGGACUGUGUACCAUACUAGUAGCUGUAUCUUGGAUUCUGUCCUGUGCCAAUGCACUUUGUCACACUCUCCUCCUGGCCCAGCUGUCAUUUUGUUCUGAAAACACCAUCCCCAAUUUCUUCUGUGACCUUGGUGCCCUUCUCAAACUCUCCUGCUCAGACACAUCCCUCAAUGAUGUAGUAAUUUUCAUAGCAGGAGUGGCUACCAUUAUGCUCCCACUCCUUUGUAUCUUGGUCUCUUAUGGCCAUAUUGGGGCCACUAUCCUCAAGGUUCCAUCCACCAAGGGCAUCUGCAAAGCCUUGUCCACAUGUGGCUCCCACCUCUCUGUGGUUUUUCUCUAUUAUGGAACUAUUAUUGGGCUAUAUUUGGUACCCUCAUCCAGCACCUCCAGCAACAAGGAUAUAGUUGCCUCUGUGAUGUAUGCAGUGGUCACUCCAUUACUGAACCCCUUCAUUUAUAGCCUGAGGAAUAGGGACAUGAAGGGGGCCCUGGAGAAACUCUUCCACAAGGCACCAGACUUGUCUUAG